AUGAACUCCAGUGAAGCCCAAUCAAUCGUCGUGAACGCCAAUAGUUCACGUCUACCAUUAUUAACGCUGCCUAAAUUUUGUGGGGCCUACACUGAGUGGACAAAUUUCUAUUCGAUGUUCACGUCAAUUAUCGACAAGGACAGCGACCUCACAAACAUCGACAAACUACAACAUUUGUGUUCCUGUUUGAGUGGCGCUGCCCUCGACACCAUGCGCUCACUGGAAAUAAGCAAUGAUAAUUAUAAAACUGCUUUAGAACUUUUGCAGAAGCGUUUCGAUAACAAACGUCUUAUAUUUCAGGCACACGUCAGGGAGAUAUUUGGGCUGAGCAAGGUGGAUUCAAACGUAGGCAUGCUCCGAAAGCUGACAGACAAGGUCACUUCACAAAUUCGUGCAUUACAGUCGCUCACAUCUAACGAGAAAAUUGCAGACUGCAUCAUCGUACAAAUGAUUCUCCAGAAACUUGACAAAACGACGCAGGCUAAAUGGGAGGAAACCUCUCGAUCAGCGAGCUGCCAUCCUGGGAUCAAUUGA